AUGGCGGGCAUCACAUUGACCUAUGUCCCUCUCAGGAACCCUCUUCUUCUUUCUGUUUCUCCCAACAUUAGCAGUCUUUCUAUUAACGUUCCCAGGAGAAGACCACCACAACAGCAUUAUUGCCAAUGCAUCAUCGACUCUAAUUCAUCAACCAACGCCAUCACCACCGGUGCUGGUGAUGAUAUCUUUUCCGUUAAUACUUCCUCUAACGAAUGCGACUUCGAUUAUCUUGGCCAGAGCACCAAAGGCGAUUUGAACCUCAAAUACGGGAUAAAUGGUCAGGCAGAUAUUGCAUGGAGAGGUCCAAUAGAGGAGGUUGCCAAGAUUGAAGCCAAAGAAGCCGAGGGCUUGCUCAAUGACCUAGGAAUACAGGAUCCAUCUUCUUCGAGACAUUCUCCACGUGGCAUAUUUUGUACGCGCACAUUGAAUCUUCGGUCAAUCAGUGCAAUCGGAUAUGACAUGGAUUACACUUUAAUGCAUUAUAACGUCAUGGCUUGGGAAGGACGGGCUUAUGACUAUUGCAUGGAGAAUCUGAAAAAAGUCGGUUUUCCUGUUGAUGGACUUGCUUUUGAUCCCGACCUGGUUAUCAGAGGACUAGUCAUAGAUAAAGAGAAAGGCAACCUGGUUAAGGCUGACCGAUUUGGUUAUGUGAAGAGGGCUAUGCAUGGCACAACACUGCUAUCUACCCAAGCUGUGAGCGAGAUGUAUGGGAGGGAACUCGUGGAUCUGCGCAAGGAAAGUCGAUGGGAGUUUCUCAAUACACUAUUCUCUGUUUCAGAAGCUGUGGCAUAUAUGCAGAUGGUUGAUAGAUUUGAUGAAGGGAUUAUUUCACCAGAUCUUGGUGUAGUUGAUUACAGAGGGCUUUACAAGGCUGUUGGUAAGGCCCUCUUCAGGGCUCAUGUAGAAGGUCAACUGAAGAGUGAGAUAAUGUCCAAGCCAGAACUGUUUGUAGAGCCUGAUCCAGAGCUACCUUUAGCACUUCUGGACCAAAAGGAGGCUGGUAAAAAGUUAUUGCUGAUCACCAACUCGGAUUACAUCUAUACUGACAAGAUGAUGCGACAUUCUUUUAAUAGAUUUCUCCCAAAUGAUAUGAACUGGCGAGAUCUAUUUGAGAUGGUUAUUGUCUCUGCUAGGAAGCCAGAAUUCUUUCAAAUGUCACACCCUUUAUAUGAAGUGGUGACUAACGAGGGCCUGAUGCGGCCAUGUUUCAAGGCUCGUCCAGGCGGUUUGUAUUCUGGAGGAAGCGCUCAGAUGGUUGAAAAUUCGUUAGGCAUUCAUGGAGAUGAGAUAUUGUAUGUCGGUGAUCAUAUCUAUACAGAUGUAAGCGUUUCUAAAGUACAUCUUCGCUGGCGGACAGCACUGAUUUGUCGAGAACUGGAAGAAGAGUAUAAUGCUCUAAUUCAUAGUCGAGAGCAUCGGGCUAGGCUUGUAGAACUGAUAAAUCAGAAGGAGGUCGUCGGCGAUCUCUUUAAUCAACUCCGUCUGGCUCUACAAAGGAGAAACAAGAGUCGUCCUGCUCAAACCCUCGCUGCUACGCAUAUGGACGAUAAAGAGCUCACGGAGAGUGUGCAAAAGCUACUCAUUGUGAUGCAACGGCUGGAUGAAAAAAUUGCUCCAAUGUUGGAAGAGGAUGGGGAACACUUCAGCAAAAGGUGGGGUUAUCUUUCUCGUGCAGGUUUGUGGGACAAGAGUCACCUGAUGCGGCAAAUAGAGAAGUAUGCUGAUAUUUAUACCUCCAGAGUGUCGAAUUUUCUUCAUUAUACACCUUUCAUGUAUUUCCGUUCACAGGAACAGACGCUUGCUCAUGAUUCCUACUCAUUUUACCAAUCUUGAUAGCAGCUCAUGAGUUGAUAAAUUAUGUGAGGCAAAUAAUAUUGUGCCUCUGAGGUGAAUGUUGUUGUUCUGUUAAUUCUGGAUGUUUAAACCUUACAUGGGUAUGGUAAAAACGUGUACAUUUUAAGCCACAAUUGCUGACAGGAGCAAAGAGUUUUGUGAAGGAGGUCCAUCCGUCCUUCCAGUGUUGUAGUAUAUAUAUAUAUAUAUAUACAUACAUACAUACAUAUAUAUGUGUGUGUGUGUGUGAAUCGGCAAACGCGUAUGCUGUAAUGGUACUGUUACCAACAUUGGCAUGGGUGUUGUAAGGUAUACAUAUACUAGUGUAUACUUGUUUUAUAGAUGGCAUGGCUGUCCCAAAGUAAUAAAUACUACUCUUGAUAUCUCAAAUAAUAGUUGAAGCCCAAAC